ACUUGACAGAAACGUGAUUCAUGUCGAUCGUUGAAAUAAAAAAGGGGUCUUUUGACUUUAACCUAUAACACUUUUUUAACAUAAAUCUCAGAAUGGCAUUAAUUAGCUUAAGAAGUUUUUUGAAAUGUGGACAGAUAGUGAAUGAAUCUAUUCUUUUCAAUAGCAGAAGUUUAGCGUUGUCCAGCACAAGAAAGAGUUCCAUCGCCGAGGAAACGAAACCGGAUCCAGCAGUACAAGACAUGAGCGAAAAAGAUAAAAGUGAAGUUAAUGUAGAAAUUGACAAAUUGAAUAAACAGAUCACCGAACUUUCAACUCAAAAUGCUGAACUAUUAGAUAAAUAUAAAAGAUCGUUAGCAGACGGGGAAAAUCUCCGUAACAGACUAACUAAACAAAUUUCAGAAGCUAAAAUAUACGGCAUACAGAGCUUUUGUAAGGAUCUACUCGAUGUCGCAGAUGUUCUGGCUAAAGCUACCGAUACGGUUCCCAAAGAAGAACUCACUGACAAAAAUCCACACCUGAAAAGCCUGUACGAAGGUCUGAUAAUGACGGAGGCUCAGUUGAAGAGCGUUUUCAAAAGGCAUGGGCUGGAGCAAGUGAAUCCUCUGAACGAGAAAUUCAAUCCAAACUUCCACGAAGCACUGUUUCAGCAGGAGGUAGCAGGAAAAGAAUCUGGCACCGUUGUGGUUGUUUCCAAAAUCGGGUACAAACUAAAUGAUAGAGUAAUAAGGCCUGCCUUAGUAGGGGUUUCCAAGUGACUGUAACGUGCUAGUGGUUAUUAUUUUUAAGAUUGGUAUCGUUCCAAUGUGAUUUUGAUUGUCUCACAUGAAACAGUACGACUAAAAUUGUUCAAAAUAUUUUGUAAAAAUUAUAAGUAAACCUUUGUUAUUAUAUGUUCAUUAUACUGUUGAAAAAACAA